AGACCGAAAUAUCGAUUUUUAGGCCCCUACGCGGCGGUUCGUUCGAUGCUCGUAUCUGCCCCGUGCCCCGUGUCCGCGCGAAGCGCCUUUCAAAACACCGACGACGCGCGCGAGAUACGCCGCGCUUCUCGCACGCAGCCUCGCCGUAGCCGACGUAGUAGCCGUUUCUCCUUGUCUCAUUGUCAUCUCGAUUCGUCGCGAUCGGGCCGAUCGGCUCGCGAAAUCGCGCCUACGAAUACGCAAUCGUGUGGGUCCUCGUAGCAACGUCAUCGAGUGCGCCGAUGUUCUCAGAAAAAAUGGCCAUCGCAGCGUCGGACUAUCAGCUCAAGUGGCACAGCUAUGGAGAGCAUCUGCACAGCUCGGUGGCGACGCUGCUCCACUCGGAGUCCUUCGCUGACGUCUUGCUGGCUACGUCCUGCGGCCGGCACGUGGCCGCUCACCGAUUCGUCCUGGCGGCCUGCUCGUCGUACCUCAGUCACAUUUUCCAGACAUGCCACUUCGGCGCGAACACCAAUGCUCCGAUAAUCGUGGUGUUGCCCACCGAGAUCGGAUACCGCACGCUGAAGAUCCUGAUACAAUACAUGUACAGCGGGGAGGCGACCGUGGCGAACGAUCAACUGGAGGGAGUGUUAAAAGCCGGCGAUAUCCUGCGUGUGCGCGGACUGUGGCGAUCGAAUACCGGCAGCAAGAAGGAGAACAUACAGUCGAACAACCAGAAGAUCGAGCGCGACAAGAGGGAGCCGUCGCAGUUGACCGGGCAGAUACAAAAGAUUAAGCUGAUGCAACAGACCCAGGAGAAGGUGGUAGAGAAUGCGCAACAAGCGGCCGCGGCUCAAAAUAACGUACAGCCUCAGAAGCCGGUCGAGAGGAAGAGCAGCGAGAAAAUCAGCGACGAGAAGGUGAACGAGUCUUCCGACUCGACGAAGAAGGUCCUGGAGGAGAACAAAAGUAACGAGCAGAACAAGAACAAGGAGAACGUCGAGGCGAACGGCAAGAAGAAGAAGGCUGUCAGCAGCGACGUCGAGUCGAACAAGACGAAAAGCGAAGGUGGCGAAAACACCGAGCUGAAUCUGGAUCUGUUAGUGAAGGACGAGCCGAUCGAUUGGGAAGAGACGAUCGAUCCGUCGGAAUCGCUCACGAUAGACCAUGAGAUCGACAUCAAACCGGAAAUCGUGCACAGUGCGGACGAGGAUGGAGAAAUGGAGGAGGAGGAGUAUACACCACUAACAUGCGACAUGUGCAGUCAAACGUUUAACAGGCCGUCGGAUUGGGUGAGGCACAUAGAAUUCACGCACGCCGACAUGACCGAGAAUCGGAGGAAGAAACGGAAGGACGACGUAAACGACGAGAGCAAAGACUUCCCGCCGUUGAAGUGCGAUCUGUGCGGUAAUAUGUACUCCACGCCGCAGGAAUGGGUACGUCAUAUACAAACGGAACACACGGAGGAGCAGCUGGCCUUGAUGAACAAUUCGGCGCCCCCUAAGCCGAAGAGGGUUCACAGUCACCAAAAGUUAUGCAACAUAUGUCAAAAGGAAUUCCCGAGCCACGCCUCGAUGGUCAUCCACCAGAGAACGCAUACAGGAGAAAAGCCAUUCCUCUGUUCCUACUGUAAAAAAGGCUUCAACGUAAAAAGCAAUUUGCUGAGGCACCUAAGGACACUGCAUGACAAAUACGUACAUCCUAGCUUGUACGGGAGUAACGGUAGCACGAAUGCUUAAGUCCCCUCCUCACAUUUCUUUCCGGCGCGUGUAUGUUUCUGUUUGCAUGGCUCAGUCGUGGAGAGAGAGAGAGAGAGAGAGAGAGAUAUCGUACAGUAUCGUCGUUCUGUAAAUUCAAUAUUAUGUCUGUAGACUGACCGCGUAUCUAUACUGUAUAACGUAUUCGGAUGCCAAAUCGGUUUCACGUGAUGAACGAACGAAGCGUCGAGGUCUGUGUGAGCCUCCACUGAUAAAUGCUGAGCGCAUCUUAAAAACUUCACAAUAUGCAUUUUGGAGAGAAAUCUAUACAAACUAUUUUUUCUAAAGAGUAGUAAUCGCGUUCUUUAUACGAUAAUCUCCUCAUUUUAACGAUGUAUAAAAUAUAAUAGAGCUCCUCUCGUUAGUGACUUUCGAUCCUUGAGUUUAAAAAACCAGAAAGCAAUAUCAGGGUUUUAAUACCAAAGAGGCUGACUAAUAUUGCCAAAAUGUCUCGUUUCGUCGGAUCUUCUUUUUUUUCCUCCUCCUCUUUAAUGUAGUGUGCACGCAUAUAAAGAAUGUUACUUGUUUUAUGUGGAAGUUUCGUUGGAGUAUGAAAGACAAACGCUGAGUAACUUAACUACUUCUAGAGAUCUGUCGAGGAGUGCUUGCGUGUAAAAAAAUAAUUCUAUAGUAUAAAUCAAUAUUUAACGCGAUUAAUUAUAAUUAUUGACUUAAUUAUUUAGCGAUUAUACGAAAUCCAAACUAUUUAAGAUUUAACUGUAUACUUCUAGGCUAUUCCAUCCAUGAUAGCCCUUUUAUUCCCUCAGCUCGUAAGUUAAUUAUGUAUUUUUAUAUUAAAGUAGCUUAUACACAAAUACGUAUAAGAAAUAAGAUAUUUGCAUUAAGCAAAAAUUUGGAAUUUCGAUUAGGCU